AUGGCGCUGGUCGUCCACUCCAGACGAGACGAGAGGAGGGAAGCACAAGCCAUAUUGUCGUUGCACGCCCAGGGUGGCGAACGCGGAGGGAGGAGGAGGAGGAGGAGGAGGGCCGCCGCCGCGGCUCUCCGGCGAGGAGGACGACGACGACGGGCAGCAGGAGGCGGCCACGUGGCGAAUUCUGUCGGGGUACGAGCGGAGCCGGGAGGCGUCCAUGAUGGUCGACGCGCUGUCCUCGGUCCUCGCCGGCGGGGCAGCGGCGCCGGCGCCGGAGCAGAGCACGGGGCGGCAGGGAUUCCCGCGCAGCACUCGCCUGCGGCGGCGGCGGCGUCACCGGGGCCGAGCGAGCAGCUGCCCUCGCCGUCCUCCACCGACUCCGCCGGCACGCCGCGGCGACGGUACCGCGGCGUGCGGCAGCGGCCGUGGGGUAAGUGGGCGGCGGAGAUCCGGGACCCUCACAAGGCGGCGCGCGUGUGGCUGGGCACCUUCGACACCGCGGAGGCCGCCGCGCGGGCCUACGACGAGGCCGCGCUGAGGUUCCGCGGCAGCCGCGCCAAGGUCAACUUCCCGGAGUCCGCCACGCUCGUGUCGGCGCCGCCGCCGAUGGUUCGUCCUCCGCCUCCUUCUCUGCCUCUGCCGCCGCCGCAGAGGCCCGAGGCGCUGCUGGAGUCGCAGGCGCUGGCGCUGGCGGGCGGCGACGGGGAGUACUCGGAGUACGCCAGGUUCCUGCAGGGCCCCGGCGAGGCACCAACGCGUCUCUACGACCAGGUGGCGGCGGCUCCCGCGCGCGCUGUCCGGCCGCCCGCAGUGACCGCGGCUUCCGGCUCGUCGUCUUCGCCGCCGUCGUUCCCGGUGCUCUUCAGCCUUGGAGGCGGAGGAGGUGGUGAGAGCAGCGGCGCGGUGGGACGUCACCGUCAGUGGUGGCCGCAGGGCAGCGGCUCCGGGAGCGACGGUGGGGCUGGGACUGGCUACCCGUCGUCGCCGACGGCGAGUUGGGAGGACUCUGGGUGGUGGCCGGCGCCGCCACGGGACCCGUCACGAUGA